UAUUUACUGCUUUCUACCCUGAAAUUGGCCUCCAAGGAUUGCAGCCGCCCCAGCCACAAUGCUCCCCAAAGCUUACAGAACCAGCUCAAUCGACUGGAAGCCGUCUCCGGUUGUCGCCCUUGCUACCAGCCCCGACGGCUCCCAGGUUGCGGCCGCUCGUGAUGAUGGCUCCCUCGAGAUUUGGCUCGUCUCUCCAGGCUCUGUUGGCUGGCAUCAUCAGCUGACUAUUCAUGGGGAUUCUACUUGUCGAGUUUCCUCGCUGGUGUGGUGUUGCGUUGGUUCAAAAGGCCCGUCUCCUGGCAGGUUGUUCUCCUCGAGUAUUGAUGGCUCAGUCUCGGAAUGGGAUCUUUUCGACUUGAAGCAGAAGAUUUUGCUAGAGUCAAUUGGAGUUUCAAUCUGGCAGAUGGCUGUGGCACCGAUUAAUAGACUGCCAACUCAUGAAGAGACUAGGUCUCAGAAUUUUGGAAAUGGUUAUUUGAAUGAUAAAUAUGAAUGCGAUGAUACUGAUGAUGUUGAAAACUGUGAAAGUGAAGAUGUUUCAGACUCAGAACAAGUUUAUCAGAAACUAGUUAUGGAAGAUAGAUGUGUAGCAAUUGCUUGUGAUGAUGGAGCUGUGCGAAUGUACACUAUUUCUGAUCUUGAUAAGUUAAUCUACCAAAAAUCAUUGCCUAGGGUUAGUGGACGUGCUCUAAGUGUGACCUGGAGUCAUGACUCAAAUAGGAUAUAUUCAGGGAGUAGCGAUGGGUUAAUUAGAUGCUGGAAUGCUGAUUUGGGUCAUGAAAUUUUCAGAAGUGUAGUAGGUCUUGGAGGUUUGGGCAGUGGGCCUGAGCUUUGUGUAUGGUCAUUACUUUCUUUGAGGUGCGGAACUGUUGUUAGUGCAGACAGCACCGGAUCUGUUCAGUUCUGGAAUGGUGAUAAUGGGACUCUUCUUCAGACACAUUCUACCCACAAAGGUGAUGUGAAUGCCUUGGCAGCAUCUCCAAGGCAGAACAGGGUGUUUUCUGCUGGGUCUGAUGGACAGGUUAUUCUUUAUAAGCUUUCCAGUGAGAUGCUUCAGUCUGGUAAUGACAAAUCUUAUGAAAUGUUGAAGAAAUGGGUGUUUGUUGGUUCUGCAAGGGCUCAUACCCAUGAUGUCAGAGCCUUGACAAUGGCAGUGCCUAUAUGUUCUGAAGGUUCUUUAUCUGAUGAGGCAAAAGACUUGCAAGACGAAAAGAGGAAAAAAGUAAAAAGAAUCCGAACUCGGGAGAAGAAGCCCCUCAAUUUUAGUUAUGGUAAAUGGGCUCAUUUUGGAGUUCCCAUGCUUGUAUCUGCUGGUGAUGAUGCGAAGCUAUUUGCCUACUCUGCUAUGGAGUUCACUAGGUUCUCCCCACAUGAUAUUUGCCCUGCACCUCAGAGAGUUCCAAUACAUCUUGUCACUGGCUCAAGGUUCAACCAAACUUCUUUUCUCUUUGUCCAGGCUUCUUGUUGGUUAGAUGUACUCUCUGUUAAUGCUCCUGAUGGGGGUUCUGGCCCAUAUGGUGGUCUGGUGACCACUAAUAUAGUAGCUCGGGUUAAGAGUAAGGCAGGUCGAAAAAUCAUUUGCAGUGCAAUGUCUAACUCAGGGGAGUUUUUUGGUUAUUCUGAUCACAUCAGACCUAGUCUAUUUGAGCUAAGUAGGCAAGCUGGCCAAAGUACAUGGACCAUUAGUAAAAGGCAACUUCCUCAAAAACUUCCAUCUGCACAUUCUAUGAUUUUUACCUCUGAUGGAUCACGGUUGCUGAUAGCAGGGCAUGAUAGAAGGAUCUAUGUUGUGGAUUUGGAGAGCUUGAAACUUCUGCAUACCUUCAUUCCUUGUCGUCAGGAGCAUGAGAAGGAAGGGCCCCCUGAUGAGCCUCCCAUAACAAAAAUGUUCACAAGUUCUGAUGACCAGUGGUUAGCUGCUAUCAACUGCUUUGGAGAUAUAUAUUUAUUCAAUCUGGAGAUACUGAGGCAACACUGGUUUAUAUCAAGAUUGGAUGGUGCCUCUGUUACUGCCGGUGGCUUUCCUCCUCAGAGAAAUAACGUGCUUAUUAUCACAACAUCCUCAAACCAAUUCUAUAUAUUUGAUGUGGAAGCUAGACAAUUGGGAGAAUGGUCGAUGCAGCAUUCAUUUACUCUUCCCAGAAGAUACCAAGAAUUUCCUGGGGAGGUUAUUGGGUUAUCUUUCUGCCCUUCAUCAUCCUCCCAUCCAUCAAAAUCGACAUCUCUUGUUGUUUACAGUGCAAGGGCAAUGUGUUCAAUUGACUUUGGAAAGGCAGUAGAUGAAGAUGAUGAAAGUCAGUUGGUACAUGAAGCAUUGUUGAAGCUUCAAGGCUCUAUCACCAAUAAGAAAUUGAAAUAUUUGUUGAUAGAUGGUCGUCAAACAGAGUCAAAACAUACUAGUAGAAAAAAUAAUUUUGAGAUAAUUGGUUUUAGAGACCCAGUUUUAUUUAUUGGACACCUUUCUAAAAAUUCCAUCUUGAUGGUAGACAAACCAUGGAUGGAAGUGGUUAAAUCUUUUGACACUGCCCCUGUUCAGAGACAUAUAUAUGGGACAUAACUUCCUGUGGACGAAAGGAUGUUCGUCACUUGAGUGCCUUGUUGGGAGAAGAAAAAAAUGCAGCAUCCAAUUCCCCCAUUUGGGGUCCCACUUUAACGUUUACUAUAUGUUGUUACAAUGGGGAUGGUAGGGUUGGGGGAUCAAAAGCAUUGUGUUGUGUAUUGUACUCAAUUUUUGUUAACGAGCUAAUAUUAGUUUUUCUUUUUCUUUUUCAA